GCGAGGGGGACGCGGGGAUGGGCGGCUCCGCGGCAGCGGGAUGCGAUGCGGCGCGUUCGGUGACGGAUCAUCGCGCUCUCUUCGCUGUGUGGAACAUCUGCAGGCGCCGCUCAAACCGCAGAAUGACACAGUAGGAAUCGCCCUGUCGCACCGUCAUUUCUUUUAGUCUCCAGUAACGGCGUCCUCGCGUUCCUCCGGCGAUGGACGCGUCUGCAGCGAAGAAAAGCGCGCCGGUGCCGGACAUCUGCCCGCUGGACCGAUACGACCCCACCCGAGCCAAGACCCGCGCCAGCCUGAGCUGGAUACUGAGCCGGAGCCGUGGACCUGAAGAGAGUGUUUCUGCCGCUCUGAAGGAGGAUGGAGUCGUGUCACCCGCUCUAGAGCGCCUCCUGCUGUCCGGUGAUCUGUACUGCAAAGUGUUCUCCUCACACGCUCUGUCCGGCGUAGCAGCGCCACCUAGAGACCUCAGCUCUCUGCUGCAGCUCCUCAGCCGCUAUGACCUGAUCCCGCUUCACACGGACCAGCAGAAACCCGUCGAUGAGACGCAGCUGAGCCAGAAACCAAUUAACAUAGGGGCCCAUCUGGCUGUGAUCGAUUCGCUGAUGUGUCUGAGCGCCAUGGAAACCGUGGGUCGGGUCAAGAUGGCGAAGGAGACGGAUCAGUUCGGGUCCAACAGGGGCUGGGAGAACUCACUGCUCUUCUGGAUCAACAAGGUGAAUCAGAAGUUGCGAGAGAGUGCUAAUGUUGAGGAUAAUCUGAAGUCAAACACCUGCACGGACCUGCAGCCGGCUCAGCCAUCCUGCCCACAGCGCUGGUACUGGAAACUGGUCCCACAUGCCAUCGCAUUUUGUUUGAAGGAGUCGGGGAAUAAGCCUCCUGUGAUCCGUUACAGGAAAGAUAAGGUUCAGUCUAAACAGACUCCGGUGUUUGUUGUGGUUUCCGGAGUGAAGGAUCUCUCUAACGGCUGCGCCAUCGCUGCUGCGGUUCAUUUCUACUGCCCUCAAAUUCUACCCCUGGAGGAUGUGUGUUUGAAAGACACCAUGUCUGUGGCAGACAGUAUGUACAAUCUCCAGCUGAUCAGAGAGUUUUGUGAAAGUCACCUAAGGAGCUGCUGCCCCCUACAGCUGGAGGAUUUACUGUAUGCCCCACCCACUUUACAGGUAAACAUUAUGUGCUUCCUUUCGGAGUUGUUUGCCACAUUUGAAGUCCAGAAACCAGACUUCAUCAAGCCCAAACAUACACUGGACCUAACAGAUGCAUCAGAUCUAGUCGACUGCACGAGUCCUAUCAGUGGCAACAGCAACAGCGGAACUCCAUCUUUCCUUCUGAAGCAGUCGCUCCUGCCUCAGUCCUCCUCUGUGUCUGAAGGACGGGGCUGGAGCAAAAAGCAAAUUAGCCGUCCUCUUUCUGCCGUGGCCUUCAGCAUCCCAUUCCCACUGGACAGCGAUGUUGACGUUGUUAUGGGCAACCCUCUCUUCCGUUCCGUUAGCACAGAUAGCCUCACCAUGGUAACCAACCCCGGUCCUUACACUCCCCCAGAGGAUCUGAGUAAACUCAUUGGUCAAGCUCCUCUAGGAGAGUUGCCUACCAUAGAAGAAGCAUUACAAAUUAUUCAUACUGCCCGUCCGGUACACAAUGAGCCCCGGCUGCGGCCAGAGGGAGCGCCGUCUGGCUUUUACCUCCACUCCCCUGAGGGGGGUGAUACAAGACUGAGCAGCUCUGCCCCCUGCCGGUCAGGGAUGAUGUAUCGACCAUUUGGAGGGGGGCCUGAUAGAAGCGGGAAUCGUAAACGGCAGUCUGUUGGUUCACAAGAAAACCAAGAAGGUUUAGAGUGCGACACACCAGAAGACUCUCCCAAAACCUCCUCCAGUCCAGCCAACGGACCCAAGACUGGUCGCAUGACUAACUUUGCUGAACGCAGGAAGAUGAUGCCAGAAUCCCCAAUUAAUUCCAGGUCCCAGGAGUCGUUGUUGAGCCCUGCGGGGAUGAGCCCUGUUGGGGCAGUGGAGGCGCAGGAGCUAGGUGCACGUCUGGAGGAGAAGCGUAGAGCAAUUGAAGCUCAAAAGAGGCGGAUUGAGGCCAUCUUUACCAAGCACAGGCAGAGGCUAGGCAAGACGGCCUUCCUUCAACUCCAGAAGAAACAGGGGGAAGAACUGGAAGAUGAUGGACAGUCCCUCACUCUGGAUGAACGACUGACACGAAUGGAGCAGCAACUGCAACAAGAGGAGGACAGAGAAAAGGAGGAGGAAAAAAGGAAAAAGAAGGAGGAAAAGAAAGAAAAUGAUGAAGAACAGAAGAAGAUGGAGAAUGCUGGUGAUGUAUUAGCUCCACCUAAACUGGAGAAACAGGUUACCUUUUCUGUUGAAGCAAAGAAAGAGGAGGGGAAAGAGCCACCAUUGGUGGAAUACAAUGAGGCAGUAGCCAAGCUAACCUCCACCUUACAGUCCCUACAAAAGGACAUGCAGCGUCUUACAGAACAGCAACAAAGGCUCAUGGGAAAGAAAACUCUGAGUUCCCCGAAAAACACCCCCUCAAAUAAGACACCUACCUCCAGCACCUGGGUCAUCCCAGCUGUUUCCAAAUCACCUGCUACACCCCCUCAUCUUUCUAGAGACUCCACCCGUAUCAUUUCACCCUCUGGAUCUCCAUCACGCUCUGUUCAACUUUCUGACACACCCAAAUCCCCUAAAAGUUCAGCAACAUCUGCUCCACGUAGAUCCCGCGGUGCUGCUCCCAAGAGCCCCAAACGCCAACGUCCCUCCCGCCCCACAGACCUCGGCUUCCAGCCUCUCACACGUGUCCUUACACCCCCACAGAACGUGGACACGCUUCCCCAUCUCCGGCGAGUUUCUCCGAGCCAGUGUCAGGUGCAGACCUGCUCGUCGCUGCGACUUGGUGGUCCAUGCACGCCCCAGGACUCUCCGCCGCAACCUGCUGCGCCUCAAGAAAGCACCUCAGAAUCUGGAUCCAGUGACCAUCACACCCCAAUCUUUAAUCUGGAGCUGGAGGCUGGCCCUCCAUCUGCACUCCCAGCUGAACUGUUAGGAGGUGGGAGCAGCUCAGGAGCCCCAUCAGAAUGCUCAUUUGAAAGCGACAUGCUGCUUAGCAGUGCUCUUGUCAAAGAUGAGACAGAGGGUGCAGGGACGGUGGGAGAUGACACGGAUCUGGAACAGGGUGCAGAAAUAUUCUCAUCAGAUUCCAUGAGCGACCAGACAGAGAACGAGAGCAAGAUGGGACUCGAUGUGUUCUUCAAGGAGGAGGGUCUCUCAGAGGAAGAGAUGGCCCAGAAAAGAGCUCUGCUGUUGGAGCGGCAGCAAAGACGAGCUCAAGAGAUCAAGAAACGUGCAAGACAUGGACAAGACCUGGAGAACAGUCAACAGGCUUCUCUGGAUGACCUGCGACCUUCUCAAUCUCCGCUGCUUUCGCAGUCACUGCCCACCUCAUACACCCCACCCCCUCCAUCAAAAGCCACACCCCCAGGAACGCCUCUUCGGCGAGGAGCUUUCACCAGGGCAGAGUAUGAAAGGCGUCAGCAGCUGAAAAUAAUGGCUGAUCUAGAGAAGGUUCUCAAACAGAAACCAACAAAGCACAGCAGCAAAAAACAAGCACACAAACUGCACAACAACCAUGAACUUACUCACACACGCUCACCGGGGAAGAACAGAACAGUUGUCUCUAGCCAGAAAGAUGGAGGAUCUCUACUGAAAGAAAAGCCAGCAAGUCUUUCAGAGUCGCCCUCAAAGGUGAUGUCAUCAGGGCAACUGGCCAAUCAGAAUGGAGAAAAAGACUGGGAACGUGCCUCCAACGCCUCCUCUCCAGCCUCACUCCCAGAAUACACAGGGCCUAAAUUAUUUAAGGAACCCAGUUUUAAAUCCAACAAGUUCAUCAUUCACAACGCGCUCUCACGCUGCUGCCUUGCUGGCAAAGUCAAUGAAUCUCAGAAAAACAAGAUCAUAGAGGAGAUGGAGAAGAGCUCUGCCAGUCACUUCCUGAUUCUCCUGCGCGAUUCCAACUGUCAGUUCCGUGCCAUCUACACCCUAGACGGCCAAUCGGAGGAGCUGAACCGACUCUGUGGCGUCGGCCCGCGUGUCAUUUCCUCGUCAGCCGUGGAGGCUAUUUAUAAAUACAGCUCCGACAGGAAACAGUUCAAUACACUUCCAUCUCGUACCCUGAGCAUGAGCGUUGAUGCUUUCACUAUCCCCGCCCAUCUCUGGCACACUAAGAAACAUGGCACGCCCAAAAAAGUGGCCACACCCAAAUAGGCCCCACUCAAAAUAAGCCACUCCUGCUCACACUUAAAUAAGCCACUCUCAAGCCCAAAGUAUACUUCGUUUUCGUACGCAUACACAUUUGUGACCCUGGAACACAAAACCAGUCUUAAGUCGCUGGGGUAUAUUUGUAGCAACAGCCAAAAAUACAUUGUAUGGGUCGAAAUUAUUGAUUUUUCUUGUAUGCCAAAAAUCAUUAGAAUAUUAAGUAAAGAUCAUGUUUCAUUAAGAUUUUUUGUAAAAUUCCUACUGUAAAUAUAUAAAAACUUAAUUUUUGAUUAGUAAUAUGCAUUAGUAAGAGCUUAAUUUGGACAACUUUAAUGGUGAUUUUCUUAAUAUUGUGAUUUUUUUUUGCACCCUCAGAUUCCAUAUAUUACAAUAGUUGUAUCUCGGCGAAAUAUUGUCCUAUCCUCGAAAACAUUGACCCUUAUGACUGGUUUUGUGGUCCAGGGUUUUUGAUCGUGGACGGUCGACACAUGCACUCUAGAAAGCGUAAUCUAUGUCCAGUGUCUGCUUUAUUUUUCCACAUUAAGUUAUGAUUGACAUCUGAUAUUUUUUAACUCUUUUACACCAAAGCUGAGCUGUCUCAUACCCUCUUGCUCACAGUUGAUUACCAAUAUGAGCGUCUGUUGUUGUUGCGGUCUCUGUUAUUUUGUUGUCCCGUCUCUUUGUUUCGUUUUCUACUGUGAAACAAUUGGCCGACAGUGUUGCCUCCUGGUGGAACAACUGAUUACUGCAAAAUAACUUCAAUGCGCAUAUGCGACCUGCGCGUACAAAAUAUCGGUUACAAAAAUCUAGUAGUACGCAUACAGUUCUGAUGACGAAAUUCUUGCCAUGCGCACUAUAUGCUGUUCCUCGCGUACGUGUAAAAAGUGAAGUAUACUUUGGGCUUCAAACCCCUCCCAUUUACAAAAGUAGACCCCGCCCACUCAAAUGAACCACUCCCUCAGGUAAACUCCUCCCACCAAUAAUAAAUCAUCCUGCCUACUCAACUUUACCUACUAUAAGUGCCAUUCCUCUAAAUAAACACCUUACCAGCACCAAACACACAACUAUCUCUAUAAUGAAGUGAGUCGAUUGAACUGUUUCUGAUCAACCAGAAGGACCUUCUUAUGUUUUCUGACUCUGCAUGAAAACAAACAAACCCCAUAGAUGAGGUUUUCACUCUACUAAAGACUGAAGAAAACCGCACAUCCUGUCUGCAUGUGAACGUUCGGUUCAGUCCAAAUAUCUCUCGAUGGUCACACCAACUGAGCACUUGAGUCAUUUCUCUCUGAUUCUUAUGAUCAGCAUUCUCUGCUCUUAUAAGUACAAAUUUUUGAAUCUACCAGUACUGUAGUUUUAGUGAGAAUCACCGCUGGGUUUCACUAUCUAGUCUGACUGGCUAGAUGAUUUUAGGAGAUCUCCUGCUGCGAACACUGGUUCUCUUUUAUAAUAUUUCAUCAGCCUUUCUGUUCUUCAUGAAUCUGUGUGGAGUAAACGAUUCUCGCUUUCCUUCCGAUGGAUCUCCAGCCGUCCAAAGACUGUGAGGCAUCAUGUUCAUGUGUGUGAGCUGAUGUCUGGUCUCUGUUGAACAGAGCUGAGAACCUGAUCCUGGAUCAGUAUUUAAAAGCCAUUGGACCUCCAUCAUAAGCAUCAGUGUUGGUGGCUCAUGUGCUGUAUGUGUGUAGACAUUUCCAUUCAAAUGUGUGUGUGUGUGUUUUAAGUCUGACAGGUCGGACGAGGGUCAAACUGUAUUACAGUGCUUUUCAUAAGCUCAUUACAAUGUUUUAUGGACAUGUACUAUGGUAAAUGAAUAUAAGAGACUUUUAGGGUCGUAUACGAAGGACUCGCAGCUUUACCGUCCGAUAUCAUCACUGUAGCGUCUCCGCAGCACUGUUACUGUUGCAGUGGUGGGAUGUGCUGUUCCGAAAGUGAGUGUAAAUGUGUCUCAUCACUUCCUGCUCUGUGUGCGUGUAUGUGAAGGGCUGCUGGGAUAUUUUCUAAUAUGAUUUUUAACAUCAUCCUUGCGUGUUUUUUCCUGCUAUAUGAUGAUGAGGACUUUGUGUGAUGAUGAACAUGUAGGUCAAUAAAAUCAUUUCUAACAUUUCAGACAACA